GUGAGCGGUGAGCAGUGAGAACUGUAUUUCGCCAUUGCUGGAUGAGGGCUCCCGUGGCUUGGUGUUUGGCCGUCAACAAUAAGCUUGAGCUGCGGGACGCGGAGGAGGUCGAGUAAGCCCGCCUGGAGCUCCUCAAACCAGUAGUCGCUACUGCCCCUCCUUGGAGUACAUUUUCAUGUGAAUACAGACCAUACGGACGAGGAAACCAUGUCCAAUCUCAGCAAAGGCGGCACCAAAAAGGACACCAAAAUGAGGAUACGGGCCUUUCCUAUGACAAUGGAUGAGAAGUAUGUCAACAGUAUCUGGGACCUUCUGAAGAAUGCCAUUCAAGAAAUACAGAGGAAGAACAACAGCGGCCUGAGCUUUGAAGAACUUUACAGGAAUGCAUAUACGAUGGUGCUCCACAAACAUGGAGAGAAGCUGUACACAGGCCUGCGAGAAGUUGUAACGGAACACCUAAUCAACAAAGUACGAGAAGAUGUCCUCAACUCGCUCAACAAUAACUUCCUUCAAACCUUAAAUCAGGCCUGGAAUGAUCAUCAGACGGCGAUGGUGAUGAUCAGAGACAUCCUGAUGUAUAUGGAUCGUGUUUAUGUACAGCAGAAUAAUGUAGAGAACGUCUACAACCUGGGGCUCAUCAUCUUCAGGGACCAGGUGGUCCGCUACGGCUGCAUAAGAGACCACCUCCGACAGACCUUACUGGACAUGAUUGCUCGAGAGAGGAAGGGGGAGGUGGUGGACAGAGGAGCCAUUAGGAACGCCUGCCAAAUGUUAAUGAUUCUCGGCCUGGAAGGGAGAUCUGUUUAUGAAGAAGACUUUGAAACGCCGUUCUUGGAAAUGUCGGCAGAAUUUUUCCAGAUGGAGAGCCAAAAGUUCCUUGCUGAAAACAGUGCCAGUGUGUACAUAAAGAAGGUGGAGGCAAGAAUUAAUGAGGAGAUAGAGCGAGUAAUGCACUGCUUGGAUAAGUCCACAGAGGAGCCCAUCGUCAAGGUGGUGGAGCGCGAGCUCAUUUCCAAACACAUGAAAACCAUCGUAGAGAUGGAGAACUCGGGCCUGGUCCACAUGCUGAAGAAUGGCAAGACGGAUGAUUUAGCGUGCAUGUACAAGCUGUUCAGCCGGGUUCCCAAUGGGUUGAAGACCAUGUGUGAGUGUAUGAGUUCUUACCUGAGAGAGCAAGGCAAGGCUCUGGUGUCAGAGGAGGGAGAAGGAAAGAACCCAGUAGAUUAUAUCCAGGGUUUGUUGGAUCUGAAGUCCCGCUUUGACCGCUUUCUCCAAGAGUCUUUCAAUAACGAUCGACUCUUCAAACAAACCAUAGCAGGGGAUUUUGAGUACUUCCUCAACCUGAACUCUCGCUCCCCAGAAUACCUCUCACUCUUCAUAGAUGAUAAACUGAAGAAGGGGGUGAAAGGGCUAACGGAGCAGGAGGUGGAGUCCAUACUGGACAAAGCCAUGGUGCUUUUCCGCUUCAUGCAGGAGAAGGACGUGUUUGAGAGGUACUACAAGCAGCACCUGGCUCGAAGGUUGCUCACCAACAAGAGCGUCUCUGACGACUCUGAAAAGAACAUGAUCUCAAAGCUAAAGACGGAGUGUGGCUGUCAGUUCACCUCCAAACUGGAGGGCAUGUUUCGAGACAUGAGCAUCUCCAACACCACCAUGGACGAGUUCAGACAGCACCUUCAGACCACUGGGGUUUCCCUCGGGGGGGUCGAUCUCACAGUGAGAGUCCUAACCACAGGAUACUGGCCAACACAAUCUGCAACACCUAAGUGCAAUAUCCCCCCCUCACCACGCCACGCGUUUGAAGUCUUUAGAAGGUUUUACCUUGGUAAGCACAGUGGGAGACAACUCACCCUCCAGCACCAUAUGGGUUCCGCUGAUUUAAAUGCCACCUUUUACGGUCCCAUCAGAAAGGAGGAUGGGUCAGAGGUCGUAGUGGGAGGGGCCCAGGUAACAGGCUCUAAUACCAGGAAGCACAUCCUGCAGGUGUCAACUUUCCAAAUGACCAUCCUCAUGCUGUUCAACAACCGGGAGAAGUCCACUUUUGAGGAGAUCCAGCAGGAGACGGACAUCCCAGAGAGGGAGCUGGUGCGGGCGCUCCAGUCUCUGGCCUGUGGGAAGCCCACUCAGAGAGUUCUCACUAAGGAGCCCAAGUCUAAGGAGAUAGAGAACGGCCACGUAUUUACAGUCAAUGACCAGUUCACCUCCAAACUUCAUCGUGUCAAAAUCCAGACAGUGGCUGCUAAGCAGGGCGAGUCGGAUCCAGAGAGGAAGGAGACGCGACAGAAGGUGGACGACGACAGGAAGCACGAGAUUGAAGCUGCUAUUGUUCGCAUCAUGAAAUCUAGAAAGAAGAUGCAGCACAACGUUCUAGUAGCAGAGGUCACACAGCAGUUGCGAGCACGAUUCCUUCCUAGUCCUGUAGUUAUCAAGAAGCGCAUUGAAGGACUCAUUGAGAGAGAAUAUUUGGCAAGAACACCAGAGGACCGCAAAGUGUACACUUACGUAGCAUAGCAGGCGAGCUAGCUGAGCGAGCGCUAACAUCUCGCUGGGAUAGCUGACAGCCUUGUUUUAUUGGACUGCUACAUGUUUGAAUGAACUAUGAAGUGCUUUCAUAAAAGAAUUCUGGGAAACCCAGUUUCUUCCAUUUAAAAUGUGUAAAAAGGAAAAAACAUGCAAAAGAUGGCAGAGUUUUCUAGCAAUAUUAGAUUUCUUCUGCUAAAAGAAAUACAAGGAGGGAAGAUAUAGUUUUGUAAUAAAAAACAAAAAAAAAUCCUAUUUCUUGUGGCCUUUGGAGAGAACUGAAAGCGCCCAUUUGCCAAUUAAUUACACGCCGUCAAGAACUUCUAAAGCAAACAUGCUUCUACAUGGAGACCAGGGGCACAUUUGAACUCACUCCCGUUUUAAAUGUCGAUGUGUUGUGUUUGUGGCGCAGUGUUGGCUGUACAGGUGGGCGAACGGUCCCGGCCUUUUCCUCUCAGAGGAUGAUUUGCUUAAUUUAUGUUGCAAUGUCUGUUUCGAGGGUUUUGUACACCUCACUCAGCUGUUUCCAGUCAUUUGGCCAGGUCUGUUCUGAUGGCCAGAGAGAUUAAGGGCUGUUGGAUAAACACAUGGGUCAAUCAGGGGACUUAAAACGCCAUAAAGGCUUGGUUCCUCAUGGCACAUUUGUUAUUUUUUUAUUAUUUCAAUUUAAGGCCUGUUGUAUGAUCAGCCAAAACAUAAUCAUGAAUGGAAGGCUUUUCGUGCAGGUUUCAAAUAGGGUUUUAUUUUCCUUAACUUCCUGUUUGAACAGGUGAGACCAGUUUAGCACCAUGCUCUAAUAUGUACAAACUGUAAAAUAAUUGUACUCACUGCAAAGGUGGAUUGUACAGGGCCUUGUUCUCAUCAUAUUAAAUGUAGAGUUACAGAAAACA